CCCCGGCAAAUAGUGUCCUCCAUUGGCCUAUGUCGAUAUGGAGGGAGGAUUGACUGCUGCUGGGGCUGGGCCCGCCAGUCCUGGGGACAUUGUCAACCUGUGUGCCAACCUCAGUGCAAACAUGGAGAAUGUAUUGGGCCAAACAAGUGCAAGUGUCAUCCUGGCUAUGCUGGAAAAACCUGCAACCAAGACCAGCCCUUCUACCCACCUUCUUUUGACCAAGGCAGUGAGCAGCCUGUUUUCCAACCCCUGGAUCAUCAAGCCACAAGUUUACCUUCAAGGGAUCUAAACGAGUGUGGCCUGAAGCCUCGGCCCUGUAAGCACAGGUGCAUGAACACAUUCGGCAGCUACAAGUGCUACUGUCUCAACGGAUAUAUGCUUAUGCCGGAUGGCUCUUGCUCAAGUGCACUAACGUGCUCCAUGGCCAACUGUCAGUAUGGCUGCGAUGUGCUGAAGGGACAAGUCCGAUGUCAGUGCCCCUCCCCUGGCCUGCAGCUGGCUCCGGAUGGGCGGACCUGUGUGGAUGUUGAUGAAUGUGCUACAGGGAAAGUGUCCUGCCCCAGAUUUAGGCAGUGUGUCAACACUUUUGGAAGUUACAUCUGCAAGUGUCAUAAAGGCUUCGACCUCAUGUACAUUGGAGGCAAAUAUCAAUGUCAUGAUGUAGAUGAAUGCUCUCUUGGUCAGCAUCAGUGCAGCAGCUUUGCACAAUGUUACAACGUACAUGGAUCCUACCAGUGUAAAUGUAAAGAUGGCUAUGAAGGCGAUGGAUGGAACUGUGUGUAUAUUCCCAGAGUCAUGAUUGAACCAUCAGGUCCAAUUCAUGUACCAAUGGGAAACAAUACAGGUUUAAAGGGUGAUGGAGGACAUACGAACUGGAUUCCGGAUGUUGGAAGUACAAGGUGGCCUCUGAAGACACCGUAUAUUCCUCCUGUCAUUACCAGCAGGCCCACUGCUAAACCAACAACAAGGCCUACACCAAAGCCAACACGACAACCUACUCCACCACCACCGCCACCACCUCUCCCCACAGAAUUCCUAACACCUCCACCACCGCCGACCCCAGAGAGGCCUUCCACCAGAGUGACAACCAUUGCACCAACUACCAGUACAUCAAGUGGGAUUACAGUUGACAACAGGAUUCAGACAGAUCCUCAGAAACCCAGAGGGGAUGUAUUCAUUCCUCGACAGCCGUCGAAUGACUUGUUUGAAAUAUUUGAGAUAGAAAGAGGAAUCAGUGCGGAUGAUGAGGCGAAGGAUGACCCAGGUGUUCUGGUACACAGCUGUAAUUUUGACCAUGGACUUUGUGGAUGGAUCAGGGAAAAAGACAGUGACUUACACUGGGAACCGAUCAGAGACCCAGCAGGUGGACAGUAUCUGACAGUAUCUGCAGCCAAAGCCCCAGGGGGAAAAGCCGCUCGCUUGGUACUACCUCUGGGCCACCUCCUGCAUUCAGGGGACCUGUGCCUGUCGUUCAGGCACAAGGUGACUGGGCUGCAUUCCGGCACACUGCAGGUGUUUGUGAGAAAACACGGUGCUCACGGGGCAGCCUUGUGGGGAAGAAACGGAGGCCAUGGCUGGAGGCAGACACACAUCACCUUGCGAGGGGCUGACAUCAAGAGCGUCAUCUUCAAAGGUGAAAAGAGGCGUGGUCACACUGGGGAGAUUGGAUUGGAUGAUGUGAGCUUGAAAAAAGGCCACUGCUCAGAAGAACGCUAAACAGCUCCAGAACUAGCAAUGAACUCUAUGUUGCUCCCUCUUCUUUUUCCAAUGCUCACCUUCUCCUCUCUCUUCCCUCUUAUCAGGCCCUGGGGAAGAGUGGGUCAGUGGGUCAGGAGGAAGGCUGGAUGGUGAGCCUCAUCUCAUUGUCCGGCUUUUGUGCAAUCCCAAUGGACAGUGACACCCCCUCCCCACCCUUCCCAUAUAGGGACAUUAACCACGUCCAGGCCAUGUGGGGUGUUGCCUUCCAUGUUGUGUUUCCUUUAGGAAGGCCUUUGAUGUGCAUGAUGACCUAUACCGGUCCUUCAUCCUGGUUUGUUAUUCAUAGCAAAUUAUGGGAGAAGUGUUCAGAAGGAAUCUGUGCAAAUAGCCAUUGCUAUCUGUUUAGUGUUGUACCAAGAGUAGUGUUGACUUUAAGAUAGGAUGUACAGUGCACUUGUGAGACUGAUCUGUUCUCCUCAUGGCUGGCCUGACCUGAACUUUGACUUUUACUGCCAUUCACUUUAUAAAGGAAGGGUGUGUAUAACAUAUCAAAAUGCAUUUACUCCUGUUACCUGUUAUUUUUUUUCAAAGACAAAUUAUGUAGAAUGGGCAUGGAAUCCCCCGUUAGUAUUACAGUGUUUUGUGUAAGUGUGCUAUUAAUAUUAAGUAUUUACGUGUUCCUAAUAUUUACAGACGCUAGUUGCAAGGUAAAAGGCAGCUUGUGAUUGCUUGAGGUAAAAAUUCCAUGGUGAAAUCUCAUCCAGUCCCACGACUUCAUGUUGGCAGCAGGAGAGAACCAGCAGAGGUGUCAGCUUGUAGCUUUGGAAUGAUUAAUUUUGUUUAACUGGCCUUGAGUAUGUUAUCUACCCAGGAAAGUAAAUUAUUUCAGGAGACAAGAGACUGUAGUUAAUACAGAAACCCGCCAUUAUUUCAUGUUAUACUUCCACACCAACAGCUUGCAGGAUCACAACAUGGCUCUCCAUCUGAUAAUCUCUAAGCAGCUUUGUAAAUGUUGUGGUUGUUUCAGAAGAAAGAUCCUAUCUAUGGAGGCCAGGUGAGGGGAAGUAUAGCCGGAGUUGCACUAGAACAAUUGGCACUCAAUUUUCAAUUGCACAAGUUUCAGCCAGUGAAGCUCCCAACUUAGACGCUGUGUCCAGUUAGAAGAUGAAGCAGGCCCCGUACGUAGAGGCACUGGAUGUAUUGGGCUAAGAGUCCCACACUCAACUUCUGUCUGUGCACCCCAACUCUGUAUUCUCCUCGCACAUUUUGCUUUUCUAUUUAAAAAAAAAAAAGACACAGCUUUUUAAAAAAGUGACUCCUUAGGGCUUUUCUAUAUUUCUGAUUAAGUAAUCCAAACCAUUUUCUGCUGUUUUUGCCAGGAAUGACAAAGCUGAUUAAAGGGUUGGAAAAAAAGAUCUAUGAUGAAAAAUUAAAGGAACUGGGAUUAUUCAGCCUGGAGAAAAGAAGACUGAGG